AUGAAGUUUGGGAGGCAAACAUUGUCCCCGGUCAUGUGGGCCAACAUUCUGCACGGCUACACAUGCACAACACGUGCACCACUCCCGGCAUGGCUAAGUUUUGCACUGGCGGUCCUAUUCCUGGCAACGCCUGUCACAGCCUUACCCGAUGCUGACGCGCGGGGCGUUGAUUACUAUGCAGUCGUGACCGCUAUCCUAUUAGCCACUCACUACAUUGCCACUAUGACUGGCUCACUCAUUGGCCCGUCGAUGGGUAUAACAAGUGUGUUGUGGCUUGUUAUGCGGAAUGAUGCAGCCGUUGAAGCGAAGCUUUCCUGGAUGGUUUUUGGCGCCUGGGGGUUGCUGAUGUUGCUCUAUCUCGUCAUUCAACGCUAUCCUUUGUUGAGCCAUUCAUUAUACAUACUGUUGACCAUUGCCAUGGCGAGUCUGUGUAUGUGUAUGGUGGCGCUUGUUCAGCAGUCGUCUUUGCAGAGUGGCCUCGUUACCGCGAUUCCGCCAUGCACGUCCUUUGCUGCAUAUGGUGUGGCAUACUUCUUCCCGGAACAACGCACUACUGAGCCUCGUUGGUUCCAUGUAUGA